AUGGAGCCUAAUUAUUCGACUUUGCCCACUACAAUCUCGGGAGAUCUCCCUAUCCGAACUCUCAAACCCCUUUCAGGGCAUGAACUGCCACAGGAAGCCCUUGAAGCCAAGAAUCCCCCCAAGAAGGUUGAAUUUGAAGAGCCUGAACCUCAUGCAAAGCCAAAGGUUGGGGCGAUUAUCCACAGCAAAUUUGAAGAUGAGCUGGGCAAAAAAGCGGGCCAGCUCCUCGCGGGGCGAAAGGUCAAGCACCGGCGGCCAAAGAGUCAGCGUGGAAUAGGGAAGCCAACCGGUUUUGAAGAGUACAGUGCCGAUGGACCUUUGACACCAAAGGAAUGGGAAGAGGACCGCGAAAUUUACAGCCCACGCAUUGAAGAAGCUCUUGCUCGCUAUCAGUGGAAGCGCCGUAUCGAGCCUGACAGAAGAAAUAUUCUCUUCAAGUACCUACAGUACGGUGGGAUCGUGGCGAGUCAAAAUUAUGGAGCCGGUGUGCCCCCCAAGGAGCUAAAGCAAAUGCCGGUCGAGGAGGCCAGACAGGCUCGCAGCCAGACAACCAUUCCGCUAGACCGGUCAAAGUUGCAAGUGAGCUUCAAUGAAGUCGUUCGGGGAUUUCUCACCUUUUUCAUACCGUACUUUCAUCCAGACACAGAAGAUGCCAUUAAAAUUGGAACCAUCACUAUCCGCAACUUUUAUACCUACAUUCUCUUCCAUGAAGUGUGUCCGGAAUACACAGAUGAUCUUCUGAAGGCAAGAAAAACUUGCGACCUGGCCACUACAGAGCUAUGGAAGAACGUUCGGCUGGUGCGUGAAGGCCCGGGCGGAUUCAACAAGUGCUGUUCAGUCCUUUUUGGAGGUUACUACUCUGGAUCAAUUGGGCUAUCUUACAAGAACCCUGAAUGUAGAGAGCAGGAAGAUGCAACCCCAGCACUGACUUUUGAUAUUGCCCGAAAGGUGGUCAAGUUUGCCAUUGCCGGGGCCGGAUCAAAUGAGCAGGCUUUUCGCUUCCAGGAACUAGCGAACGAUAACAAAGUCUCUGCCCUGAAAAUUGAGGAUAUCGAUGGCUUCGAGAUCACUGCUGUGGUAGAACCGGACAGCGCUACCUGUUCAUUUUACGAAUCGUACGCCUCAGAUCUUACUACAGUGGGCAAGAUUCGAGCGAAAUCGUUCAUUGACCCUGCCAAACCAGCUAUCGACAUGUGCGCGGAGGAGCGUCAGGCGUGGAACACGGGCAAGGCGCCGCAAUAUGGAUUUGAGUUCAUUAUUGAGCAAAAUCUGCUGCCAUACUUUUACCCUGGCUUGAAGAUUCUUUCUUCGGUUUGGGAGCUUAACUGUGGUAUUUAUUACUUUGAUCAGAUCUACUCAACUUACCCGGCAUUCCACACUGUUCUCGCCAAUGAGAUGAUGCUCGGCUGGAAGACCCCCAGAGAAGUCGAGGUGGAGACAAAUCAUCAAGGUCCUGUUCUGCCUGGGGUCCAUGAGGCGGUCAGGGGGGCUCUAAAGGCUACCGGUCAAAAGAAAGAGGCGGAGAAAGUCGGGAAGGAAGGCAUCGAACAUUGA